AAACAGUCUUUUAUUUCCUGGUUGGUUGAGUUAUUGUCCGUGUUGUGUGGAGAAACGCGCCCUCCUCAUUUGGAAGGCAAACACAGCCGGGCACGCGCUCGGGGGCAGAUAGCAGCGAUCUGUCUGCGGGAGAUAGCGAAAGCAUCACCGAGGGGCUCCCGGUGAGGCUGGGAAAGCGACUUCUGGCGGACAGCCCCCUUCCACCGCAGAGGUCGCGGACAAAUCCACCGCUGCACUUCAGUCUCAGUGUCGCUGCGCUCAUCUCUGCUCUGCUGCGGUUCUUUUUUGGGGUGAUACGCGAUGAAAUAAUGAGGAGAAACAUCUGGGCGCGGCUCUCUGGAGAAGAAAAAGGCUUUGCCGUGGCGGAGGUCGUACGCUUUUUGCCUUUUGUAUUUCCUUGCUGAUUGUCGUGGACAUUUUGGAAUUUCUUUUAAUGUUCCGUUUGAUUAAGUCGCACCAACUACGGACACUUUCGCUCCUGUUUUCGCCUGCUUUUCCUUAAUCUGAAUUGUCUUUAGAAAUGAGCAGUGGCGGGUGUGAAAACAGCUGGAAACGUUGAAGAACUUGAGGGUGAAAUGUGCGCACUGGGCCAGCUUCGAGUUGCUCUUUAAGUGGGGGAGCGUUAGCCACUUGCUAGCAUUAGCCGAAGCCCAUUCGACUCCCCCGAAGAAUUAAGGUGACUCCUGCUCAUGCUCGCUUGUUUUCCCCUUUUCUUGGAUAACCGAACUUUGUUUUAUAAUCUGGACACCAUUAAAUAAAAUUCGGCGUCAAUUAAGAUAAAGAUUGUUGGUUCUAUCAUCCACUGGGAUCCUGGCACUUAAGUCAUAAAUGACAAGUGCCUGAGGAUGUCCAAGCGGAGCUUUUUCGUUCGGCUGGUGCCGUGCCGCUGCCUGCGCGGUGAGGAGGAGGUGGUGACAUCGCUGGACUACUCCCAUUGUAGCCUGGAGACUGUUCCUAAGGAGAUCUUCAGCUUUGAGAAGACCCUGCAGGAACUGUACCUCGAUGCCAAUCAGAUCGAGGAACUCCCUAAACAACUGUUCAACUGCCAGUUACUCAACCGACUGAGCGUGCCAGAUAAUGACCUUGCAGUGUUGCCGGCAGCCAUCGCCAACCUCGUCAAUCUCAGGGAGCUCGAUGUCAGCAAAAACGGUAUCCAAGAGUUUCCAGAGAGCAUCAAGAACUGCAAAGGCCUGACAAUAGUUGAGGCCAGUGUGAACCACAUGCCAAAGCUCCCAGAAGGCUUCACGCUGCUUCUGAACCUGACACAGCUCUACCUGAACGACGGGUACCUGGAGUUCCUACCAGCCAGCUUCGGCAGGUUGGCCAAGCUGCAGAUCCUGGAGCUGAGGGAGAACCAGCUGCAGAAUCUGCCAAAGAGCAUGCAGAAGCUCACGCAGCUGGAGAGGCUGGACCUGGGGAGUAAUGAGUUCACUGAAGUGCCUGAGGUAUUGGAGCACCUGUCUGGAAUCAAGGAGCUGUGGAUGGACGGGAACAAGCUGACGGUUUUACCUGCGAUGGUGGGGAAGCUAAAAAACCUGGAAUAUCUGGACAUGUCGAAGAACCACCUGGAAAUGGUGGACGAACAAAUCAGCGGCUGUGAGAACCUGCAGGACCUCCUCCUCUCCAAUAACGCCCUGACGCAGCUGCCCGCCUCCAUCGGCUCCCUGAAGAAACUGACGGCGCUGAAAGUGGAUGAAAACCAGCUGAUGUAUUUGCCAGACUCCGUUGGAGGGCUGACAGCUAUAGACGAGCUGGACUGCAGUUUUAACGAAAUCGAAGCCUUGCCCUCCUCCAUCGGCCAGUGGGUUUCCAUCCGAACCUUCGCCGCCGAUCACAAUUUCCUGACUCAGCUUCCUCCUGAGAUGGGCAACUGGAAGAACUUAACCGUGCUGUUCCUGCACUCCAACAAGCUGGAGUCUUUGCCGGAGGAGAUGGGCGACAUGCAGAAGCUCAAAGUCAUCAAUCUGAGCAACAACAAGUUAAAGAAUCUUCCGUACAGUUUCACCAAACUCAGCGAGAUGACUGCAAUGUGGCUGUCUGAAAACCAGUCCAAGCCCCUCAUCCCUCUGCAGAAAGACGAGGAUCCUCAGACCCACAAAGUAACCCUCACCAACUACAUGUUCCCGCAGCAGACCAGGACAGACGAAUACAUCCCCCACUCUGAUUCAGAGAGCUUCAACCCGGCGCUCUGGGAGGAGCAACGCAAGCAGCGAGCUCAGGUGGCCUUCGAGUGCGACGAGGACAAGGAUGAGAGAGAAGCCCCCCCGAGGGAGGGAAACCUGAAACGGUAUCCAACGCCAUACCCAGACGAACUGAAGAACAUGGUGAAGACGGCCCAGUCUGUGGCUCACAGGCUGAGCGAGUCCGGCGAGGGGUCGGGCAAAGAAUCCAAACCAGCCGAGCGGAACCACAUUGGAAUCCAGGAUGUGGGUGUGAAGGUCAUCGAGGCCCCCUGUCCCAACGGCGUGCCAGCAGACGCCCACCCCCCAGUAUCAACCGACUCUGAGGCCCAGAAUCCUUCUACGGAGGACUCGAAAGACACUUCUGAGUCUGUCAGUUCCCAGAAAGCUCAGAUGAAAUCAUCAGAGGCCUCCACGAUGAACCACGAGGACACCCUGGAGUAUCCCGAGGAGCUGACGGAUGACGAGGUGGACAUGAGAAUCGCAGAGAUGAGGCCGCCUCUCAUCGAGAUUUCCAUCAACCAGCCCAAAGUGGUGUCUCUGAGUAAAGAUAGAAAAGAUGAUGGGAAAGAUGCCGACUCUUUGCUGGAUGACACCGUGGCCAACAGCAACCAGAACAACAGCAACUGUUCGUCGCCGUCGCGCAUGUCCGACUCCGUCUCUCUGACCACGGACAGCAGUCAGGACAACUCUCUGUGCACGCCCGAGAGGGAGGCCAGGAUGCCUUUCCUGCCUAGAAGCCGGGACGAGGAUGAGAACAUGAACCAGCCCAGAGACACCACCCCGCUCCUCCACAACGGCAACGGCUCGGAGACGUCCCUGCCCUCCCUCCUCAGAACCCAGCCGACGCCGCCGGACUACGACCUGUGCAUGGAGAACAGGCUGGCCAUUCUUGGGAAGGGGAUCCACAGCGGCGUGGGAGAGACCUACACCAAGUGGGACCAGAUCAACAUGAACGUGACCAAGCUGCCGAGCUACGACGCCGACCACCUGGACGGCUCGGAGAAGGCCAAGAACGGUCCGGUGCCCCAGGGCGACCUGAACGGCCAGCAGUACUUCCAGAACGGGAAUCGGAGUGGAAGUGAGGCCGUGGGGGGGCAGAGGGCGGAGCCCUCGCCGAUGCACGCCGCCCCUCUGGCCGUGGGCAGCGACAUGUCUCUGUCUCGCAGCACGGAGGAGCUGUCUCCAGAGAAACGGUCCUACCUGCCGCAGGUGAUGAAGUCGCACAGCAUCAGCAACAUAGAAGCAGGAGGCAUGAAGCUGUUCUCCUUUGAGGGAGACGAAGACGGCGGCGUGAUGAGCAGGAUGGUGGGGGUGGGCCCGGGACCGGGGGCUCCGGCCCAGAGCAUCGUGAGGAGCAAAUCCGCCAGCCAGCUCCUCAACGACCAGCCUCUCCACGUCUACAACAGCUCCUCCUCCUCAGACCUGCUGUCCUCCUCCAUGACUCCUCCCACCAGGUAUCCCGUCUCCUCCAGCGUUGGAGCCCCGCCCCCUCAGUACAACGUCCAGUACACGAGCAGUGCCAUGCCGAAGGACAGCCUGUGGGGUCAGAGGUCAGCGGUUCCUCCAGAGCAGCAGGGCUACUUCCCCCACCCUCCUCACUCGCUCGCCAACACCAACUUCUCCAACCGAAACCAGGCGCCCCCGUACCCCCUGCAGCCGCAGCAGAAGGGGCCCCCCAUGGCCAAGGAGAGACUUUACUCCACUGGCGGCCAGGUGAGGAGCAGCACCCUGCAGAGGCAGAGCAGCGGCGCCUCCGCCGUCUCCAUCGGCGAGCUGAGGCGCCUGCAGCCAGCCGACGGGGAGUACAUGACGUACAGGGACAUCCACGCGCUCCCCAGGGGCCCGCUCGCCAUGGUGGCGCACAGGCCCUUCUCGGCUCGCACCUACAGCAUCGACGGCCCCGGAGCGUCCCGGCCCGUCAGCGCCAGGCCGCCCCCGCACGAGCUUCCAGAGCGGACCAUGUCUGUGAGCGACUUCAACUACCAGCACAUCAGCCCCAGCAAGCGGCCCAACGCCAGGGUCAAGUCCGAGCACUCGCUGCUGGACGCGCCGGGCCCGGGGAGGGUCCCCGCAGACUGGAGAGACCAGGUGAUGCGGCACAUCGAGGCCAAGAAGAUCGAAAAGAAUGCUCUGUCUCGCUCCUGUAACUCCAAUAACUUCCCGCUGAGCUGGUCUCACGACGGUAGAGACAUGCAUGCCAGCCAAGGCUCCCUGGUGUUUAGUGGCAGGGACGGACCGCCCCACCUGAGCUUCUGUGAUGAUGUUUUUCCUCUCCAGGGUGGACAAAGCUACACCAUGGACCACAGAAAAGUGCCUUUGAUGAACGGCCAGAUGGGCCCGUCGGCUCGACCUCAAACAUCUAUGGGCCGUCACCCGUCCCGAGAGCAGCUCAUCGACUACCUGAUGCUGAAAGUCUCUCAGCCCCCGGCGCCCCCCCGUUACCCCCCUGACACGAGGCCGCAGGAGAUCCGUGUGAAAGUGGAGAAGAAUCCGGAGCUGGGUUUCAGUAUUUCAGGUGGAGUAGGAGGCCGGGGAAACCCCUUCCGCCCUGAUGAUAAUGGCAUAUUUGUGACAAGGGUUCAACCUGAGGGCCCAGCUUCAAAAGUCCUUCAGCCGGGAGACAAAAUCCUUCAGGCUAACGGAUACAACUUUGUGAAUAUCGAUCACGCCAACGCCGUCUCCCUCCUGAAAACAUUUGCAACCACUGUGGAUUUAUUGAUCGUACGGGAAGCAUAGACUUCACCGGAUUGUGGAGGGGGGCGGGGUCAUAUUUUUGUACACACAAAAGACUCAUCUUGGCACCUUUUGGGACGAUUCGAAGUGGAGACCUGCAGAAGUCUCAAUGGAAUGGGAGAAACCACUGCGUGUAGCGAGAGCGCAGCCAACACCUGCAAGCACGAGUCCUCAGAAGGCCGUCACUGUGGUGUAUAUAAAUAUAUAUAUAUAUAUUUUUUAUACAAAGAAGCUGAAGAUACGACAUGCUCUGAUGCAAAUACUCAACUGUGGUCUCUGUACAGAUCAUCCAUUUUGUCCAAAACUCACUGAUCCUUUUUUUUUCACACAUCAGAUGGAUUUGCUGACCACUAGGGGGCGAGCUCCCUUGAUUCUCUUCCAGUUUGCCUUUUAUUUUAUUUUAUUUUAUUAAGAUUUGAGGAGUGGAAACCGUUUUCCGGCCUCUUCUGGGGGACUGUGUCAAGUUUAGGUAUGGAGGAGACGAAUGUAGAUCAUGGAGGCUUUCCAAAUCUGUUCCACAGGAGCUCAGCGAACUCGCAAAACCUUCAGAUGUAGCAGAGGGGGUGGAGAAGCUUUUACCGCCCCCUCCCAGCAAAUAAAAAAUGGCCGCUCUGUUUGUUGGUGAAGCUGAUGAACCAAAGGAAGCUGUGAAAGUGGGUUCAGCGGGUAAAAGAGGAGACUAUUUUUUGGCAGUUUUUUUGUUUUUUGUUUUGCAUGGGAAGAGACCACAGGUUGCCUUUUUUUUCUCUAUAAAUCACUUUUUGAGCAGCUUUUUUUUUUGGUUUUCCUGUCACUGUACAGAACCGUUGGGAGACGCAAAGUGCCAUAGACCUCGAACUGUUCAAACCCGGGAGGACGUGUGACCCCCACGACCCGAGCAAUACUCGCAUUUCCACAGUACGUUAGCAGCAGAAAGCAAUACUUUAAAAAAAAGCCUUUAUUUUAAUUCUCACAUCGUUUUUAAACAAACCCUGAUAAUUUUACAUGAUUUUAUACUGUGAAAUGUUUUGUUUUGUAACGAAAUGGCACAUGAUGAUGUAAAGUAGUGAAAUCUCUCCAUGUCGUCGCUCCGCCUGAAGCUUUCACCGUGUCGCGUUUCGGAUGUGUAACUUUGGGAGGAAAUGCGGGAAGUGAACAAACCCGGAGCUGCUGAGACGAAUUUUGAUUGGCUGAGCUCUGAAUGGGUGGGGCUUGUUUUGUUUUUGGUAGCAAGUUCAAAAUCCAGCAGUGUAUCCGUUGUUGAAUAUAAACGGAGCAGAUUUAAUCCAAAGCAGAUUCUGCUUUUUUUAUUAUUAAGCCACUGUCAAAUCUAACUAGAAACACUGUGGAGAUUCUGUUUAAUGUUUUUUUAGAAAAAGUGUGCUGGUUUAAAUGAAGGGUGGCAAAUGAUAAAUGUGCAUUUUACACAGAAGAAACUUGAUUAUUCUUGUCCUUGUUGAUUACUUUUGACUUUUUAAGAAUGGGGAGAUUCAUUUCUGGGUCACUUUAUAUUCAUGACAGUAAAAAAAUGAUUAUUUUAGACAAUUUUGGGAGAUAAAAUGUUCAAUUUGGUUUGUUUCUUAAGCCCCACUUUGUUUGUAUUUAUUUAGCAGACGUUUGCGGGUUUUAGACCUCACUAAUCAAAUUGUAAAUACUCAAAAGAAGACUCAAAUGUUGCAUUAGUGACUUGCGAUUGUACAAGCAGCAAUAAAUUGCAAAGCAAAGACGCCAAUUUAAAUGUAAAUCUAGAGUUUUUAAGGUUUCCGCGGAAACGGUCACAAUGAAAUGAUUGGUAGAAGUUUAUCCGACAUUCCAGAUUUUGUACAGAAGUAUCCGUUUCAAAAAUAACCUGUGGGAAAUAAACUAAUUCUGUUUAACAGUGA